CUCGUGUGUGACUUCCGUUCACAGCGCGAGCAAACUGUCCGUUAACCAGGAGAAAGAAACCCCGUGGAUUAUUCACAGAUGGACCGACACCGGGACCGGGGCCACCGGGACCGGGACCACCGGGACCACCGGGACCUGCUGGACGCGGAUUUGAAAGCUGAAAGGAAGCUACGAGGAGAAGCUUUACCUUCUGAUGUCCGAAAAGUGAUCGUCGGUGAAGAAGAGCAGCAGCAGUGGAGCCCACGUCUGGACCAGGAGGACCCAGAGCCCCCACAUAUUAAAGAGGAGGAACUCUGGACCAGUCAUGAGGAAGAUAAGCUUCAAGGGUUCACAUUCACUCCUGUGAAGAGUGAAGAUGAUGAUGAUGAAGAGAAACCUCAGUCCUCACAGCUUCAUCAAAGACAAACUGAACAGAUAAAAACAGAAGCUGAUGGAGAGGACUGUGGAGGACCAGAAUCAGCCAGAAACUCAGACCCAGAUACACAUUUACAACCUGAUACGGAUUACAAGGCUUCAGACUCCUCUGUGACUGAUGUCAGUGAUGAAGACUGGGAGGAGACCAGAGAACCUCAGUCAGGUUCAAACUCUCAGAAAAGUACUGAUGUCACUGUUGGUGAUAUAAACUGUAACACUGUUGAGAGAUCAUUUAGCUGCUCUGAGUGCGGUCAGAGAUUUGGUCGCAAACCACAUCUGAAUGCACACAUGAGAAUUCACACAGGAGAGAAACCAUUUAGUUGCUCCUUUUGUGGUAAAAGAUUUUCUCAGAAGGGAAACUCAAUCAGUCACAUGAGACUUCACACAGGAGAAAAACCGUUCAGCUGCUCCGUCUGUAAAAAACGUUUCAGAUACAGCGGCGAUGUAAGCAGACACAUGAGAAUCCAUACAGGAAAGAAAACAUCGAAUCCCAGCGCUGAUUCUCACACAGAAUCAGAACCAGUCAGGAGAUUAGAUCCAGACAGACAUUUACAACCGGUUCCUCAUGAUAAACCUUCAGAUCCUGAGACUGAAGUCGAUGAUGAUGAUGGUUGGAAGGAGAGCAGGGAACAUGAGUCAGGCUUAAGAAAUGAUGAAGUCUCUGUUAGUGAUGUGAGAGGUAAUACUGACAAAGAGUCCUUCAGCUGCUCUGAGUGUGGGAGAACAUUCUGCCGCAGGGACCAUCUGAUGAGCCACAUGAGAACGCACACAGGAGAGAAACCAUUUAGUUGCCCAGUUUGUCAGAAACGUUUCAGCUGCAGUGGGAACAUUUUGGCACACAUGAGAAUUCACACAGGAGAGAAACCAUUUGAAUGCUCCUUUUGUGGCAAAAGUUUCAGCCAGAAAGGAACUUUGCAGUUACACAUGAGAAUUCACACAGGAGAGAAACCAUUCAGUUGCCCAUUUUGUGAGAAAAGAUUUGCACACAAAAGACGCAUGACGCUGCACAUGUCAGUCCACACGGAGGAGAAACGCUUCAGCUGCAGUGCUUGUGACAAAAGAUUCACUUGGUAUACGCAGCUUAAAACUCACAAGUGUGUCGGUGAGUCUUCGCAGCUUCGUCAGAGCCAAACUGAGAAAAAGCCUCCUCCCAAGGAAUUGUUUAGCUGCACUGAGUGUGGUAAAAAGUUUAGCCUUAAGGGCAAUCUUAAAACACAUAUGAGAAUUCACACAGGUGAGAAACCAUUUAGUUGCUCAGUGUGUGGCAAAAGUUUUAAACAAAAUGUACAUCUUACUGAGCACAUGACGAUUCACACAGGUGAAAAACUGUAUAAAUGCAGCAUUUGUGGCAAAGGAUUCAAUAAGAAGUUACUUGUUAAAAACCAUAUGUGUGUUUAAUCCUCGGUAGAGCUGCACAAUUAAUCCAAAUAUUAUCAAAAUCGCAAUAUGGCCAGUGCAAUAUCCAUCACAGUUUGGUAAACAGUAUUAUAAUUAAAUUCUGCUUACAAUGUUCUCCAAAUGUUUGUUUAGUACAAACCAAUGUCACAGCAUUGUGAGUUUAAUAGUUCUUUCAGUGAAAAUGCAAAUUGUAUGCUAAAAUCAUUCCACUAAUUGUGAAUAAAAUCAGAAUAUCUGUAAAAAUGCAAAAUAAAUACAUUUCUUUUAGCAUGUAGUGCAGCCGAAGCAGAGUUUAUUUGUGAACAUAAUUUUCCUGUACAGAGGCAAAUAAAGGUUAAUAAGAGCAACCUUAUUGGGAAAUGUAACCACUAGGAAUCUUUAAUUUGAAUUUAAAAUACCACUGAAUUUAUAUCAUUUUAAAAAUGUAUUCAGUUUUUAAAGUGAGAACAUUUAUUUUUAUUCAGCCUUCUGUUCCACCAGCUUGUGUAACUUGACACAAUCCCUCAUUCAACAUUUACUUCAUCAGUCUUUGUGAAAACUAAUUGUGUUCCUGGAGUUUAUUUUACGUACUCUCAGACAGAUCAGCUCCACUACAGCAACUGAAUUUUAAUUUUGUGCCUAAUUUCAUGGAAGAUUUUCUAGAAGAUUGCGACGCUUGUUGUGUUGCAUGCAAGUGUUUGUUACUGUUUUCUUUGCAAUGCAAUUGUGUGAGAAAGUGAAAACUGCUAAAAUCUUUUCGAUUCUUUCAGUUUUUAUAAUAGUAAAUCAGAACGCUGUUUGCUUCCUCAUAUUUACAUAUUUCUUGUAACAACAGGCAGUUACGGAGGGACUUACGUCCCCCCAGUCCAGCAGCUGUAGUGGAUCCAUUAGCGGACUCUUUUGGACUGGCAGCUCCCAGUGAACAGCAGGUCCAGACCGGGACUGAAUGCAGCAUCUGAUGCUGACGGAGGACAGUUUGACUGCAGGGAAUCAAGGACGGUUGGGUUUUUUGGGGAGGGCUGAGUAGGCCAACUAGCUAACAGCAUGUACAUUACAGUUGGCGAAGUUAGCUUCUUUUAGUCCAUCAGGAAACUCCAUAAAUAACCUUGGUACCGCUGUCGUCAAACUUUCCUCGGAGGUUGUGUUCACUGGGAGGCUGCUGUGACCCAUUUGGUUGCUAACACUAACGGCAGCUACAUUAGCAGUUAGCUAACAGCAACUACAUUAGCAGUUAGCGGAGGACGUCAGAGGGGAAACCAGACAAUAUUCUCUCCAUAAAAUAUGAUCCAGUUUCACCCAAAUCACUGAUAAAGUUGUGUUUGUAUAGUAAUCAGUGAGCUCGUUGCUGUUGGCUAGCUAGCCAUGCUGUUAGCUAGCUAGCUAAUUAAUGAAUCUUCGCUCUGUGUCGCUAAAAGUUGAAGACUGAUUGACGGGUGAAUGUCUGCUAUUAUUGGUUGAAAUUAGUAAGUUCAUGCUGACGUAAGCAUGCGUCACAUUUAGUUUCACAGGAAGACACAAUGAUUGGAUUUGAUAUAAAAAUACAAAGAAUUUGAGUUUUUCUGAUUGUUUUUGGCAUAAAUUGUUAAAUACAGGAACAAUAUAACUGAGGAUGAGAUCUUGAAGGGUUGAAAUUAUUUUUCAAAUUUCAGCCAUAAACUGCUGUUUCCAGUCCAGUGAAUUAAGUGGCAGUUCACAGUUUAACUUCUUGGGUCUGAUAAUUGCUGAGGAUGUAUGAGGUUUCAUUUUUAUAGACUGAUUUGAGAUGUGAAGACUAUCCUCUGUAAUGAAACUGAUGAAUUAUGUAGCAGUCAUCACUAAACAUGAUAAUUUUAUUAAUUCAAUUUAAUUAAAUUCAGUUUUAUUUGUAUAGCGCCAAUUCAUAACAGAAGUUAUCUCAGGACACUUUUCAAAUAGAGCAGGUCUAGACCGAACUCUUUAAAACAUUAUUUACAGAGACCCAACAGUACCACCAUGAGCAAGCACUUGGAGACAAGGGCAAGGAAACACUGCCUGUUAAAAGGCAGAAACCUAGGACAGAUCCUUCGGCUCUAGGUGGGUGGUCGUCUGUCUCGACCAGUUGGGGUGAGAGAGAGAGAGAGACAGACAGACAGAGAGAGAGAGAGAGACAGACAGACAGACAGACAGACAGACAGGUGCACAGCAACAACAGUAUUGGCAAUGGCAAUCUAGCAGGACCAUGGCAGGAGGCUCCACCAGGAUCGACAAGAACCUGCGAGACGAGAAAGCACAAGAACUCCGGGGAAGAAGUGAAGUUAGUAACAUGCAUUAAUGGGACAUGAAUGAGUGCAGAAAGAGAGAGGAAGAGAGGAGCUCAGUGCACCAUGGGAAAUCCCCCGAUAGUCUAGGCCUAUAGCAGCAUAACUAAGGGAUGGUUCAGGACUCACCUGAUCCACCCCUAACUAUAAGCUUUAUCAAAGAGGAUUGUAUUUGUAUAUUAUAUAUGUAUUAUGUAUUGUUUCAUGGCUUUGUUGUAAAGCACUUUGGGUACCUUUCGGCUAUUGUAAAGGGCUAUACAAAUAAACUUGAUUUGAUUUGAUUUUGAUUUGAAUGUCUUAAGCCUACUCUUGAAUGCUACUCUUGAAUGAAUACAGGAGAUAAAUCACUCAAUUUCAGAUGUUUAGAGUUUUUGACGUCAUUUUGGCUCCAUGUUGCCACCCACCGCAGUUUACUUCCUGUUGACUAGCGGAGCGCCACCAUUGUUACUAUAAAAGCGCAAGCUAGCAGAAAACAAGCAAGCGAGCCCAGCCUGCAGCCUGAUGUCUGGGCAAAGGCUUCAGCAGACAAACUGUUCAGCCAUUGGUUGCACAGCCCAACACAAAUCUACAUAUACCCUGUCUGGAACUUUCUACGUACGUGCUGACGUUACUUCAGCUACCGCUAGCUUUGUUAUUCCAAAGCCAUUUUCCAGCUCCGCUCAGGUGAGCUGAUGAAGGACAGAGACAGCUGCAGCAUCAGGACAGUCUGAAGGAUCUACACAGUUUACAUAAAAGUUAUAGCUUUGUUACUUACAACAUGUGUAACUGGAAUAUGAAUGAAACAUAAAUAAAGUGUUUUACUUUUAAGAA